AAAGUGUAGACUAUUAUCAGCAGCAGGAGGAGGUUAAGAGAGCAAUUUAUUAGGGUCAGGUAGUCAAGUGUCCACCGCAUUAGUGAUUAGUGUAGAGUGGCUUGCCUAAUCAUUCCCCAGGCCCCUUGAUAAUAAUCCGAGCAAUCGUACGCGCCUCCGCUUUCUUCCAACCAAAUCAUCGUGUCAUUUCGUGCCACAAAAUAUAACCAAGAGAAGAGAAGAGAAGCAAUCACCCAAAGCAAACCAUCCUCUCUCACCCAAAGCUCGGAUUUGAGAGAGAGAGAGAGAGAGAGAGAGAGAGAGAGAGAGAGAGAGAGAGAGGUGCUUUGCCCUUUUGCCUUUUGGAUUUGCAUCCAGCUGAGCUGCCAAGAACGCGAGCGACCACGACGGGGAGGUGCUCCAAUGGACGGACAGGUCCGGAAUGUUUCUGCCGCAGCUGAUGGCGCGGCGGCGCCCAGUACCAGCAGUGCCACGGCGUCAACCCCCUACUCCAGCGCCGACGCCGACGACACUGCAGCCGCCGGCGGGGCCAAGGUCUGGGUCCUCGUGCUCCUCUUCGCCCUGCUCCUGCUGCCUUUCCUGCCCUCCGCGAUGCGGCGUGGCGGCGGGACUACUUGGGGCGGAGGAGGAAGCGCCGGCGGCGGAGGAUACCGCCGCGGCGGGAUCAACUUCAAGAGCGGAUGGGACGUCGUCAACCUCUGCCUCGUGCUCUUCGCCAUCCUCUGCGGGCUCCUUGGCCGCCGCGGCGGUGCCGGUGACGGCGACGGGGAGACUCCCAGCGCGGCAGCGGCCAAGAACGACCGACAGGUGUCUCCGGCGGCGGUGCCGGCCGCUGAGGCCGUGACGGCGGCGGAGUCGACGAGCGUGGGGGACUGGGAGAGCUAUGGCUCGUUCUCCAGCUACUCCAGCCAGCACCGCAGCCACGUGCACACGGGGAUCCGGCGGAUGAAGAGCAGCAGCUCGUACCCAGAGCUGCGGCUCGGCAGCGACGGCGUGUGGGGCCUCGCGUCGCCGGAGUUGGCGUGGCGGUUCUACGACGACGCCGAGCUGUACCGAACCCGGCGGCCGGAGCGGAACUGGGACGUGGACCCACACGUGAGGACGCCGGAGGUGAAGACGAUCCCCGUGGACACGUUCGUGGAGAGCCGGAGCUCGCCGCCUCAGGAGCCGCGGAGGCGGAGGAGGAGCGCAGAGAGGCUCCCCAAGAUGGCCGAGGUGGAGGAGGAGAGGCCGCAGCGGCGGGAGGCGGCGGUGACGCCGGCGAGGAGCAGGAGGUGGAGCGCGGAGGCGGUGGACGUGAGGCCGGAGCAGGAGGCGCCUCCUCCGCCAGCGCCUCCCCGGCUGCGCAGGCGCAGCGUCGAGAAGCUGCCGAGACCAGAGGAGCUGGAGCAAGAGAUAGUAGUGGAAGAGGUCAGGAACCCGCUGCCGCGGCCAUCUCCGGUCAUGUUCCCCCCUGGAACACCGCCGCCGCCUCCUCCCCCGCCUCCGUCCACGGUGUCGCGCAGCGGCAAGAAGAAGUGGAGCGGCAGCGUGGGCGGCGCCAAGGACCUGGCCUCCGCCAUUGCACUGUUCUACCAGAAGAAACGCAAGAGCAUAAGCAUGAAAACCAAGAGGAGGCCCCAUUACCACCACCAUUCCGACGACCACUACUCGCAGCCGUCGUCCGACGCGUCGGCGAGCCCUGACGCCACUGCGUGCAUCACCAACCGCCCGCCUCCGCCACCGCCGCCUCCCCCGCCCCCGCCGUCCUCCAUCUUCUCGAACCUCUUCAAGAAGGGCGGCAGCAAGAGCCGCCGCAUCCACUCCGUCGCUCCGCCGCACCCGCCACCCCUGCCUCCACCCACUCGCCGAUCCAAGAAACCGCCUCCGUCGCACCCCGCUCCUCCAGCACCACCGCCACCUCCGUCCAGGCCGCGCGCCCACGCGCCCACGCACAUGCACACGCACACUCAGGACCAGCCAUUGUACCCCAGACGCGCCGUCUACUACACCCACUACCCACUCCCGCCGCCGUCGCCGCCGCUGCCUCCGCCUCCUCCUCCGCCGCCGCCGCUGGCGUCGAAAGGGGAGAAGGAGGCCCCUUCUGUCACGGCAUCUCCGGCGCCGGCAUACUGCGCGAGCCCCGACGUGAACGCGAAGGCGGACAGGUUCAUCGAGAGCUUCCGUGAGGGGCUGAAGCUGGAGAAGCUCAACUCGUACCGGGAGAAGUGGCAGAGGCAGAUCCAAGAGGAGGCCACCAUCGAGGUUGAGGAGGAGGGGGAGUUCAUGGUCAUCGGGUCGCUCUUCGGCGACGACGACGAUGACAUCUCCUUGCCGGAGACGCCGGCGACCAAUGCUAUCGCCGUCGGCUUCUAACGACACUGACGUUGAAGGGAAAAAAAUCAAAGAAAAAAAUGAACAAAAAAAUGGCUCUCAAAAAAUGAAAAGAAAAAAAGAUACAACAAAAUAUAUUUUUUCUGCUUGCUAUUCCUGGUUUGUUUACAGUGUUUCUGAAGGACCCUUUUUCACUAAUUUUGGGUAGUUAGGGGAUUGACAAUGAGAUUUGUGUGAGAGGGUGUCAUUGAAGAGGGAGUUUUUCUGUGCUUAUUUUAAAAUGGCCAAAAAGCUCUCUUAGGUGAGGUGAUGUGAAUUUCAUGUGUGUCUGCACUUUGGAGUUUGUAAUAUAUCAUGAGAAAGUAAUUGAGCUUUACCUUUUCUUUGUUUAUUCUUUUAAAAAAGAAAUCCACUACUUUUGUUUGUACGUUUUAGCUUGUCAUCUCCUUGGGAAUUCUUGUACAUGUACAAGUACUUGUA